AUGAGGGUCUCUCUGGAUUUGAUAUUCGGACUCGCGCUUUUCUCAACCGUCAAUGCUUAUGUCAUUCCUUCUCGCAAUGUUGGAACCGACUACGUGCUUCCUUCCCGGAGAAUCGGAGCGAUAAGGGGCAUUUCCUCAGCACCUCGCACCAAUGCUAUCCAGCGUGAUGCAGAAGUCAGCCAUGGCGUUCACCCCCGCAAUCCUCAAGGCCUGAUGAUCGGAGGUCUUACUCUCGGUGGACCAGGCGGCGGCAUUACUGGAGAUGGCCUUAACCUCGGUGGCAACGGCAACAAGGGAAAUGGCACUGCGAUGGCUGAGGGAAUGAAGGGCAAAAAGUCAGGGAAAGGGAAAGGGAAAGGGAAGGGAAUGAAGGGCGAGAAAGAAAUGCCAGCGGGAUGCGCCGCUCCGCCCCCUGCUGGAGAGGGAGAGAAGUCAGCACCCGCUGCAGGAGGAGAAACACCCGCUGCAGGAGGAGAAACACCCGCUGCAGGAGGAGAAACACCCGCUGCAGGAGGAGAAACACCCGCUGGUGGAGAAGCACCUGCUGGAGGAGAAGCACCUGCUGAGGGAGAAAAGCCUGCUGAGGGGGGAAAGCCUGCCGAGUCCGAACAGUUCUCUGAAGAGUCUGGUAUCAGCCUUGGCAAAUCUGGCGAAGCUGCAAACCUUGGCGGAAACCUAGGAAUCACAAAGGGCUCUGAUGGUAGCAGCUCUGUUGGUGGCAAGAACGGUAUCAACGUUGCCGCUCGCGGAUACUAA